CGGUACUUCGCACACACAUUUGCUUGUUUAGUUCUUCGUUUAUUCCAUUUCAUUUGAUACUUCCACUUGACUGUAUUCCCUCUACUCCUCUUGUUGUCUCCCUCCGUCGCAUUUAGAAACGCAACAGGUGAUGUGCUAUGUGUCUCAUGUUUUUUCUUUUCCCACGUUUACCUUACAUUUUAUACGUGAUAAAGAGAGCUACCAAGUGCAGUGUGCGUCUUUUGUGAGUAGUCUUUAUUUUUGUUUUUCGAGCCGGAAAUUUGUCUUCCUGUCGAUUGUAACGGACUGAAACCGUGACGAAUUUGAGUAGUUUAAUGUCUACUACUGUUUUUUCAAACUAUCUAAUUAUUCUCCAGUAAGUGGCAGUAUGUAUGUGUGUUCAUAAGAAAUGUGAUUAACAAACAAAAGCGAAAACUUUCAAUCUAACGUCAGGAGAUCAUCGAGAGUAAGUUGUUGAAGCGGAUGGCUAAGAGGGAUGUCGAUAUUUGCUAGAGCUUGGGAUGCGGUGACUAACAUGAGAACUGGAUGAUGUCACUUCUUAGUAGGGACACUGGGUCUCAUAAUCAGAAGAAGAGAGAAUCAACUAGCAGUAAUGCGUCCAGCUAUUUACUAUUACUUAAUUCACUUGCCAACGAUUUGGACUGCAUGUUGAGUGAAUUGUGUAGUCCACCUGAUCGGUAUCAGAGGAACGACGUCUUCCUUGAACCUUAUUUACAGCAGCAUGGAACUGUUUCGGAAGUUGAUGGUUCGCCUGACACACCCCCGCCUAAUCCACUUAUGCAGCAUCAACUUGCGCACCUUCAUCAUGUUCAGAGCUCGGAAUCACUCUCUUCUGAGGGAGAGUCUUCAGUCCAAGGUACAUCAGCUGCAGACUCUUCAGGCUCUCCUUCAGACUCAGGAAGUGAAGUUGCAUGCGAUAUUACACUCAUAGAAAGACUAAUACGUUCUCAUCCAAUCUGGUUUCUUCCUGGUAUUCAAAGAGCCGGCGCAUUUCAUUUAUUGCAGGGAAAAGAAGAAGGAAAUUUUGUCGUACGACAAUCGAGUCAAAGCGAUACGAUGGCGCUAUCAGUAAGACUGCCCGCAGGCAAAGGACCAUACAUCGAACACUAUCUAAUUCAAGCUAAUAACGGAAAAUUAAGUUUAGAGACCAGUGACAAUUUAUUUGAUAACAUUCCUUCUCUAAUAGCACACUAUUCACAAUGUUGCAGUGACGAGUUACCUGUACAAUUGACAUUGCCACGAGCCAUGCGUGAGGCUAAAAAUAGACAACAGCUGUCUUCACUUGCACUUUUAGGUCAAGAAUUUUGGAGAUAUCCGAUGGCGAAUCCGAAGCAGCCAGAAAGUGCGGGAAGCAGUAGUAAUACUUCGAGUCUCGGCAGCUUUCAUACCAACAACGAUAUUCAUAAUGAUGACAAUAAUGUUGAAAUACCAAGAGACAAAAGUAUUGUUUUAAAUUUAAGCCCUGUUUCAACACCAAAUUCAGCAGCUCCAAUUCAUAAACCAGCUACCACAACUACUGUCGUUCCUCAACCAAGAUUGCCCCGACCUACACCUCCAAAUACAUUGAAUUUAAAGAGGUUCAACGAGCCUUUAGAUGACAAAAAAGAACGACUUGAAGUAAUCUUGCCAUGUGAAAAACCAAGUCAAAAACUUGUAUCACCAAAUCUUGUGCAAAGUAUUCGAUGUCGUUCUCCCGUAGUUCACAAUGUUGAAAACAACGUACUUAUUCCCACCGACUCAAAAUUUAAUUUUGAGACUAACUUUCAUAGAGCAGGUCAAAGUAAUCUAAGUGAGAGCACUGCAUCGCCUAGCAGCUUAUCUGAAGUACGAAAUAUAGUUGUCUAUAAUCAAGAACAAGGAACAAAUAUUAAAACACCACCAACUCCACCACCACGGUGGGCCAAACCCGGCAAUCAAAGUCAAAGCAACGUAACAGUAACAACGACAACAGUGAUAUCAUUGAAUGUAAAUCAGAGUGAUAGUUUUCAACAAACAAUUUCUGAUAGAAGCUCUAUGUUAAGCCCUCAAAGUGUUACAUCAACAAAAUCAUUUUCUUCCAAUUUUACUAGUAGAUCUACACUAUCACCGAGCACACCAUUGCUGUCUCCGACAUCGAAAAUGAUCUUUAAUGGAUCUAAAACACCAAAUAUGUUAUCUCCGACGACUCCGUUAAGUACAAAUAAAUCACGGAGACGCAAAGAACGUGAAGCAAGAAAGAAUUCUCAACAUUAUCAAGAAUCAGAUAUCCUGGAGUCUUACUGUAGAAGUUCACCAGCAGAUAAAGUUUCUGAUUACGAGGAUAUUUGGAAUACAACUGAUAGAUCUAAUGCUAGUUGGUCUCCACACGACCGAAGUGAUUCACAAGCGUUAAGUCCAAGCCAAGUUGCAGCUAAAGAUCCUUUCGGAGUUGAUCGAGUUAUGCUUUUAAGGAAUGAUCGGUCUUCAAGAUCUCGAGAGAAGCUGAGUUAUAUGGAGAUUGCAAGCCCUGAAUUUAGUAGCUUUAAACCAAUAGCAGAAUCGUGCGCUAAAAGUCCUAGAGGGUCAACUUCUCCCGAAGAGAUUGGCAUUCCUCGAAGACCAGAUCUAUUGUUGAGAGUUUGUAGCGCAAAUUCUUUAAAUAGCCCAACUGUUACUGCCAUUACUCCCGUUAAAAAUAAAUUAGCCAUGAUGUUUACAAAGUCUGAAAGCAAUAGUCCCUUAACUCCCGAAUCUAAGCAAAGUAGCCCUUUUUACGCUGAGCCUGCUGAUGCCAUUCAACAACUUCAACCUCUGGUACCUCGAAGAAGACAUAAAAAUGUAGGAAUCACGAGUAAAUAUCGACACAGUGAACCCGGAUGGUUUCAAAUGCCAGGAAAUAAUCACUUUAAUCAAGUUCAUCCUAUCGAUUGGAAUGAAUCUGAAGAAACUGAGGAUAAAAUUCCACUUAUUUCGUCUUCCGUUGAUAAUUUAACUAAAAGACUUGCUGGUAAAGAAAAUAAAAAAAUUUACCCGAGAGCCAAACCUGUACAACCACCCAAAGUUAAACCGAAAGUUUCUGAUACUUCCUGGACUGUUGAUUCAAGUUGGGAAUUUAUUGGGAAUGAAGGAGAUGAAACGGCUGUUGACGUUGAUCGUAGAGGCGAAAAUGAGAAUGAGGAUGAAAACAAGGACAAGUAUGGAAGUGAAAGUGAGCGUAGUCAAAGUAAACAGAAAAGUCCGAAGCAGAAUGGAAACGAGAACGGAAAUGAUAAUGUUAGCGACGUUAAGACAGAAAAUGAAACGGAUUUUGAAGAUGGCCCCGAGUUUGUGGGUGAUAUUUUAUUGCGACAAUUUCCUAGAGAUGAAAGUAAUAAAGAUGAUGGAGGAAAUUGUCUCACUGUUCAAAGUAUUAUCCUUCAACGAUAUCCAGAGUUGGUGAAAACAACGGAAAUAACAGGAACUCUUCACAGUGAUCGAAAUUCAUCAUAUGACAAUGUAGAGAAGAAAAAAGACCGAGAAACAACGCCAUCAGAUUGGGAUGGUGAUCAGACAACAUUUGAACAGUCUGAAUGGGAAACUACAGUAGAUACUGAUGAUAGUGAUCAUGAGAGAAUUAAACGAAAAGCUAGUUUUAAAGAACGCUUGGAUCCACUUUUGUCUCCUCCAAGAUUGCAAGCCUUGAAAAAUCGUGACGCUGGUGGAACAGGAUCGAGUAUAAGAACAUAUGCAUUACUACUUGCUGCUGAUAAGACUACAACAUUUUCACAGAAUAUUGAUAACUUUAUUCAAUGUACUAUGGAAGGAAAGGAAGCAAGUCCUCAUGUUGUUAUGAGGAAUAUCAGACAAUUUAUGUCUGGAAUGAAAAAUUAUUUGGUUAAACAUGGAGAACGAGAAUUUGAGAAGGAAGUAGAGAAAGAGAGACUUAAAUUGAAACCUAAUGAGUUUCUUAAUCUAGACGCUAUAUUAGAGGGUGUAAUGAUGAAACUUGUCGUUCGUCCAUUAAGGGAACACGUGUACAAAUUAUUUGUUGAACACUACGGUACCACAGGAUCACUCAAAACACUUGCAGACAGUAUUCAGUAUGCAUAUGGAAAACAUAUUCAAGAAUUAGGAGUUCGUGCUACAAUUAUUCCACCUACUGAUGCUUACUUAAAUUUAAUUCUUAAACAUAUUGAACGUUUACAAAAGGCUGAUUCACCUCUGGAAAAAUUGGAGCAUCUUUUAGCUGCCAUAUCAACCAUUUUUAAUUCUGUCAAGCAUUCUAAUUGUGAAAAACAUGUAACUCUCGGCGCUGAUGACUUAUUACCAUUGUUGGUGUGGGUUUUAGUCCGAGGAAAAGUUGUAGAUGCUGAAAUUGAAGCUGAAUUUAUGUGGGGUCUUCUUCAUCCGUCUUUACUUACCGGAGAGGGCGGAUAUUACUUAACAACGUUGUCCAGCGCAGUUCAUGUGUUAAAAACAUUUAAAAAUAGUCAGGGAACUAUGUCUACGUCGAAUGGUUGUGGAACACCAGAUUGCUGCUCUUCUGUACUUCGAGUUCUCGUACCAGACGAAAUUCAUGGAUCGUUAAAUACCAGAACUCUCCCAGUCAGGCCAAAUAUGAAUACUAGAGAAAUUUGCCGUAUUCUUGCACACAAAACUCGAUGCACAAAUCCACAAGACUAUGGUCUAUUCAAGCUCGUUCAAGGCGAAGAAACAUUAUUGGGUGAUCAUGAAUGUCCGCAAGAGCUAUCUCACUGCCUUUUUGCUUACAAACGGAUUGACGCCAAGAUUGCCUGGCCAAAAACUACGUCUUAAGACGAAAAAAUUUGUGUUCUAUGACAAAACAAACUUUGAAGGUAUUUAAUACCGAAGUUUAGAACAUAUAUCAAGGAGUAAGUAAAAGCAAUUAAUAAAUCUCAAAAAUUGACAGUUAAAAUUUUUAAAACUUUCAAACAAUAUAUUUGAUAAUUACGCACUAAUAAUAAUAUAAUCGAACUGAAAAAUAAAUAACUAUA